GAAAUCUCCACAGCUGAAGAUAUAUACAAGCGACUAUUUGAGAAGAACUAUUUGAUGGAAAAAUAUUCUAUCAGAAGCAACAUUGUUCACAAAUUGGACGACAAUCAGCCUCUUCUUUCUGAGAGGGUAACUGCACGUUUGGAAGCUGUUAAUAGAAAUAGAGUCGUAAAAAUUGUUCCUCAGCACAGAUACAACGUAAGACUGACCCCAUCAAUGUUAAAUCGGGAUGGAUAUAUAAAUGCAUCACUGAUGGAAUUUUCGGAUGUUGGACAGAAAUAUAUUCUCACUGGCAUCCCGUCGGAAGAUAAAGUAUUCGCUUUUUGGCAGAUGGUUCUUGAGCAAAGAUCUCCGACGAUUAUACAGUUCGCGGAUAACGUUGAAGAAAAACUUGAACAUUACGACAAGUACUUCCCAGAUAAGGGCGACGUAUGGAGUUAUGGGCAUCUUCAAGUUGAGCGCAAGAGUUAUGCAAUUCAUCAGGGAAACUUUCACACCCGGAAUUUUAUUCUUAGAAAAGGAAACGAAACUCACCGAGUUCUGCAUUUUACAGUCUUUGGAUGGACUGAAACUACAACACCAAUAAUGCAAGAUUUUUUGGCUUUGCGGAAAGUAAUGAAAGACACGGGGGCGCUCAAUAUGAUCAAUCCAGCAAGUGCACUCUUCAGGUCCACAAUGCGCCGGUACAUUCACACUCCUCCAUCUUUUGCUCCAAUCAUUCAAAGUGCAAGAGGAAGUAGCCGAGCUGGAGCAUUUGUUGUCAUUGAUCUUCUCAUACGUAUGAUUGAUGGCAAGAAAACUAAUCUGUAUUCAGUGGAGGAUCUCAUCGUGAAGUGCAAACACAUGAGAAUUCAUUGCGUUCCAGUGGCUUUGCACCAUUCGUUCAUUUAUGAAGCUGUUCUAGACUAUCUUCUUAGACGAAAUCCAAGGUUUCAGGAUUUUAAAGAACCUUUAAUCGCUUAUUCGGAAAGUUGCUUUGUUAAAUGGAGCUCAAUGGACAAGGAAAUUGAAAAGUUUAUCAACACGAAAACAUGGUUUCUUAAUGAGUCUUCAAGAAACAAAUUUCUCCGUAGCGUGAUGCCGCCCGUGGUUUAAUUCAAAGCCAAAUCAUCACCACUUGAUUGCAAUUAAAUUCAAAAAAAAAUCUGAUCGACAUUUAUUAUUUCUAUAUUUAUAAUUUUUAUAUGUAUAAUGUACCAAUUUUCCCUAUCAUGUCAGGAGUUUUUUACUCGGUUUUUUAUUGUACUCCUUAUUUGUACUAUCAGCGAAUUUUUUUUCCAAAUAAUAUGAAUUGCUAACAUGAAAUUUUGGUCCUGUAUAAAAUAAUUCAAUCAUG